AUGCCACAGCCACUUCUCUACUCGACGCGUGCAUCCGCUCAUUGGUCUUGUGCCAAGCACUCAGACCACAUAAUGCCUGACCGUUCAGGUUACGAACCGCUGUCUGCCUCUGAUUCCAAUGCUCUUGACGAAGAUGGCGACACCUCACCCGACGCCCCACCUGCACGCGGCCGUCCCCGGCGAGCAAGGAUGGGCUCAGUCGACCUGUCUGGCCUCGACACUGCGUUCAAGCAAUGGACCGCCACUAUAGCCUCGAAGCUCAAGCUUCAGAACAAGAAGACCAAGAGUGGGCCAUCGAAGCGCCAGAUAUACCAGAGCGUCUUCGAGCCCACCGUCGCUGAUCCUGACACGGAGUCCGAGCAACCAGUCAAGACCUUGGAUCACAAGGAGCCCAUGACGCAAGCCGAGUUCAACGCAUUAGUGCAGAGCGUCAAGAGCGCGAUUGGAGAAGGGAUACAUCCGAAGAUGAUCGUUAAAGGGUCCUCCGGAUCUUACUUUGCUCGAGCCAAGAAUGCCGCCGACGGUCGUGUGCAUACUGUUGCGGUAUUCAAGCCUAAAGACGAAGAACCCUAUGGUCGCCUUAAUCCGAAGACGACCAAAUGGCUCCACAGGCAACUGAGAUGGAUCAUUCCCUUCGGACGUGCUUGUUUAAUUCCAACCUGUCGUACAUCAGCGGCGGCUUCUCUCUUGGACACUCGCCUACAGCUGAACAUCGUGCCUCCAACACAGCUCGCUUCCCUGUCUAGCCCCGCCUUCUUCUAUGAUUGGCUGGAUCGCAGUGCUGCCAAGAAGGGCAAACCGCUGCCAGACAAGAUUGGCAGCAUGCAAUUCUUUCUCACCGGGUACCAGGACGCUUCUGAAUUCUUGCGCAAACAUCCAUGGCCUGGUCGAUCAAUCGCCGACACAUUUGAUGACUCUACACAUCGAACGAGCAACCUGUCGAAGCGAUUUACUGGAGCGUUGUCCGUCGUGUGCGGAAAGACAGGGGACGCUGACGACGAUCUGUACGAUGAACCGGAUUACGAGGAGGAACGGUUGUUCGAUGUUUCCGAGGCGGGCGACUCUCGGCCGUUUUAUUGGAGUCAGGCGCUCCAGGCAGGGUUCCGGGAGGAACUCGAGAAGCUCGUCAUUCUCGACUACCUGAUGUUGAACACCGACCGAGGCGCAGACAAUUACAUGAUCAAAUACUGCGAGGCUGAGCACGAAAAGUCGUUGGUGGAUGUUGCCCCGUCUCGAGAUGCACGGCCCCAAAUGCCGACUAUGAGCCAGCUUCGCCAGGACGGAUCCCCACAAGUGCAUUUUUCGCCCUCAAACUCGUCGAUGGGACCUUCGGCUUCGGCGAGCAGUAUACCAGGCGCCCCGCUUGAUUAUACCCGACGGCCUCAUAUCCACAUCGCUGCUAUAGAUAACUCUCUGUCCUUUCCCCAUGAGCACCCUCAAGGGUGGAGAAACUACACUUAUGGCCCGCUGGCCGUUAUCGGCCGACCUUUCAGUGACAAGACUCGCAAGCAUUUCUUGCCACUUCUGACCUCAACAGAAUGGUGGGAGGAGACGACGUUCCAGCUGCUCAAAAUCUUCAGCGUGGACCCGGACUUCCAUCCGAAGAUGUUUGCUGUAGGAUGCUUCCCUUUACGUCAAUUGGCUGUUAUUAAAGGCCAAGCUUGGAAUAUUGUGCAGUGCCUUAGACACGACGACGAAGGUUGUUGCUAUGCCUUUGUCUGUGCUCAUGCAAUUAAUUUAUUGGGACCAGGCCCACUGGAGCUGACCCGGCGAAGUAAAGUUCUUGUUUGGGACGAUGAAAUAGAAAUCGACGACGACGAACGGACGGAAAUAAGACCGGCGCCUUCCUCGCCUAGACUUUCGAUCGCGAGCGUGCCUCUCCCCCGGCGAACGAGAAGCCGGAGUUCGGGAAGCGAGUUCCCUCCACCUAUGAUGCAUCGCAUGUCGUCGGAAGCGUCCGGCGUUCCUCGACCGGUGCCCUUCUCAGCCAGGUUCAAACGCGUCCACCCGGGAACACAAGGGAUCCUCGUGCUGGAGCACCUGGAGCGUUUGGACGCCGUCGAGGCCAGCUUGCGCGACCUCGGGGUCGACGAAUCCGAGGAAGUCGACGUCGGGGAAUCAUCGAGCACUCCAGUUGCCCAUCCUUCUCUCCCUGUCCCAACUUCGCCGUUCUCGCCGCCGUCAAGCCCGCCGCUUCCAACGGUACCCGAAACGGCGUCUUCGGACGAGGACGAAGAGGAAGAUGUUGCUAUGCUGUCCAAGUCAAUGACUGCCGCCGAGGGCCAUCAGCGCUGGGGAAGCCACAUGCCAGCCACACCGGAGUGGAUACAUCCGGGUGUAUCUGCCAAGCGCACAGUUGUGGUUGAGCGCCUCGAGACUGUAUCACGGAAACCGCUAUGCAGUUGUUGGUAGCAUGUAGAUAAUGAAUACACUAAUCGCCUUCCGACAGUAACCACUGCGCAAAACUGUCCAGCCGAGCUUUUUCUGCCUCAUCACUGUCGCCAAUAAUGUCAUCGC